UCCCGCCCCGCGUCUCCCGGUGCCGCCCCCGGUGCCGCCCCCGCCGGUGCCGCCAUGCCGCUGCCGGUGCUCUUGCUACGGGCAGCGGGCGCUUGGACCCGGCUCCGGCCGCCCUCCCUCCCGGGGCGCAGUUUCAGGUAUGGGGGGCGCCUGGAGCUGGCCGGGCCCCCCCGGCUGCCCGCAGCGCUCCCGGCCCCCCGCCGCCUGCUCCUGGCCGGCUCGGCCACGGGCUGCGUGGUGCUGGGGCUGCUGGGCACGGCCGCGCGCUGCCAGGAGGCCACUGUCCCCGCGGUCCCCACCGGUGCUCCCGAGCCUCCAGAGUCACCCCCAGAGCCUCCCUUUGACUGGCCACUGUUCUGGACCUUCCUGCGCCCGCAGCUCCUGGCGCUCUCAGCUGCUGUUGUGCUGGCGCUGGGCGCGGCCCUGCUCAACGUGCGCAUCCCGGUGCUGCUGGGGCAGCUGGUGAACGUGGUGGCCCGAUGUGCCCGCGGCCACGUGCCCACGUACCUGCGGGAGGUGCGGCGCCCGGCCCUGAGCCUCCUCGCUGUCUACUGCCUGCAGGGCCUGCUGACCUUCGGGUACAUCGCGCUGCUGGCCCGCGUCGGCGAGCGGGUGGCGGGCAACAUGCGCAAGGCGCUCUUCAGCGCCCUGCUCAGGCAGGAGGUGGCCUUCUUUGAUGCCACGCGCACGGGGCAGCUGGUGACACGGCUGACGGCCGACAUCCAGGAGUUCAAGUCUUCCUUCAAGCUGGCCAUCUCCCAGGUGAGCCUGGCCACCUCCCAGGUGAGCCUGGCCAUCUCCCAGGGCCUGCGCAGCGGCACCCAGACCGCCGGCUGCUUCGUGUCGCUGUACCUGCUCUCGCCCAAGCUCACCGGGCUCCUGCUCGUGGCGCUGCCGGCGCUGGUGGGCGCCGGCGCCUUCAUCGGCGCCUUCCUCCGCAGCCUCUCCCGCCAGGCACAGGAGCAGGUGGCCAAGGCCACCGUGGUGGCCGACGAGGCGCUGGGCAACGUGCGGACCGUGCGGGCCUUCGCCAUGGAGGAGCAGCAGGCAGAGCUGUUCCGUGCUGAGGUGGACUGUGCCGGACGGCUGAGUGAGCGGCUGGGACUCGGCAUCGCCGCCUUCCAGGGGCUCUCCAACCUGGCGCUCAAUGGCAUCGUCCUGGGAACCAUCUUCGUCGGUGGCUCCCUGAUGGCCGGAGACCAGCUCUCGCCUGGUGACCUCAUGUCCUUCCUGGUGGCCUCGCAGACGGUGCAAAGGUCCUUGGCCAACAUCUCCAUUCUGAUGGGCCAGGCGGUGCGGGGUCUGAGUGCUGGCGCCCGUGUCUUUGAGCUGCUGAGACUGGAGCCCCCCGUGCCACUGCAGGGGGGAGUCACCAUCCCUGCCCACUCCCUGUGCGGCCGCAUCUGCUUCAACCACGUCUCCUUCAGUUAUCCCACCCGGCCUGGCUACCCUGUCCUGCAGGACUUCAGCCUCACCCUGCCCCCCUGCCAGACCGUGGCCAUCGUGGGCCCCUCUGGAGGAGGGAAGUCAACGGUGGCAGCGCUGCUGGAGCGGUUCUAUGAGCCCACGGCGGGAACCAUCACCCUGGACGGGCAGGACAUCGCCAGCCUGGACCCCUCCUGGCUGCGGGGGCAGGUCAUCGGCUUCAUCAGCCAGGAGCCGGUGCUGUUUGGCACAACCAUCAUGGAGAACAUCCGCUUCGGGAAGCCAGGAGCCUCUGAUGCCGAGGUGUACGAGGCCGCCCGGCUCGCCAACGCUGACGGCUUCAUCCGCAGCUUCCCCGAUGGCUACGACACCGUCGUGGGCGAGCGCGGCACGGCGCUGUCCGGGGGGCAGAAGCAGCGCAUCGCCAUCGCCCGUGCGCUGCUCAAGGACCCGGCCGUGCUCAUCCUGGACGAGGCCACGAGCGCGCUGGAUGCGCAGGCGGAGCGGGCGGUGCAGGAGGCGCUGGACCGUGCAGCCACCGGCCGCACCGUGCUGCUCAUCGCGCACCGCCUGAGCACCAUCCGGGGCGCGCAGCUCAUCGCCGUGCUGGCCCGGGGCCGCGUGGCUGAGGCAGGGACUCACGAGGAGCUGCUGCGACGCGGGGGUCUCUACGCCGAGCUCAUCCGACAGCAGACUAAGGAGGGGUCUCCCCGCUCCCCCCAAUAAACCAGGGCUGGGUUUAUUAACCA